GCAUUUGAAUUAGCAUAUAUAUGCCACCAUGGAUGUAUCGAUAUAUGUACGGGAGGUCUCUCACCCUUUCUCAACCAGCCAUAUACACCCACACAGACACAGACGCAUACACACACCGCACACAGCACACAGCACAGACGUCCCUCCACCCACCCCCUUAGUUAGAUCAAUCAAAACACGCACACGCCACUCCAUUCCAUGAUUGGCAUGCUCGUAAUCACAGCACGCCAACAUUGUGCACAUCGCCUCUCAAAGAAAACCGCAGGGAGGCGGGCAGCGAGCGACAGACAGACAGACAUGGUGAUAUAUAAAGGAACGGAACGUUUCAACACAUCCAUCCAUUCGCCAGCUUCCAUGUAGGUCUGGAUGGAUGGAUGAAUGGAUGGAUGAGCGAGUGGUGAGUGUGUGUGUGUGUGUGUGGGUGGCCCGCCUCAAAAAUACGACUGUAUGCAAUCGACUGACCACACAAUGUUGUCUCACCAUCCCUGUCAACCAGAAGAGGUGACGCCACACCACACCGCUCAAGCACACCACAGGCAGACAGACACAAACUCACUCAGAAACCUUCCAACCUGCCUCCAUCCACGCCACGCACGUCAAAUGAACACAAGCACGCACACGCCACCUUCGUUGAAUCAAUCAAUCACUGAGGGAAAUGGACAUAUACAAUACAGAGAGAGAGAGGAUGUAGGCAGACAGAAGGAUGGGAGAGCAUUGCUGGCAAGACGGCCUUGGGGGGGAGAGGGAGGAGGGAGGGGGGAGGGGGGGAGGUCAGCUGAGUGAUCGAUCACCCGCCGGCCCCGUGCUGCUCCUCGUCUUCGUCCACCACUCGAGUGUAGUGCACGCGCCAACGCACACCAUCACCUGCACACACACACAGAGGGAGGGAGAUGGAGAGGGAGAGAGUGAGUGUGCGGGCGGGCUCCUGUUGUCUGUCUCUCUGUGUGCGAGUGUGUGUGUGUUCGCGUGCCGUGUCAGUCACCGACCCACCUCACCUGAUGGUCGCGAUAUUGUUGUGUGGAAGGGGAGCAUCCACCCCAGGAUGUGGGAACCAAACACCUACACAACACACGCACCUCGUCGCAUCUCAUCUCGUAUGUGGUCCAUUCCAUCAGUGUGUGUGUUGCAGGUAGGUACCUGUUCCCAGUUCCGCCUUGAGCCGAUGUCGUACUUGGACCUCUGCGACGCGUCACGCUCCAAGUUCUCAAUCGUCGUGUAGUUCUGACCACACACACACACACACAGAGAGAGAGAGAGAGAUAAACACACACGGGAGCAUGGCUGACUUGACUGACCUCGAGGACCAGCCUGACGUGGAAUUUGAUGAAGUUGGUCAGCGCGAACAACAAGACAAUCGACAGCAUCGCAGACUGACAAACAUCCACACAGACGGAGGGGGAGAGGGAGAGAGAGAGAGAGAGAGAGAGAGAGGGAGAGAGAGAGGGAGAGAGAGAGAGAGGGAGGGAGAGAGAGCAGGCGUGUGUCGGUCUGGUCUGGUCUGGUCUGUGUGUCCUGCCUGCCUGUGUGUGGCAGGCAUCAUCCCACUACUCACUACUCACUCACUCACCACGAGGACACAGACGUCCCAUAUUUCGAUGAACCUGAUGGGCUGCUGCAUCUUGAUCAGGAACAGCACCCGCAGCACGAUCCACGCUAUCCUGCACACACACCCAGACAGACAGACAGACGCACCCAUGUCAUCCCAUGCAUGUGUGUGGGAUGGGAUGAUCUCAUAGAUGCCCACCCACCCUACUCACCCUGUGCUGGUGGUGACGAGUAGGCAGAUGUAGACGUAGAAGAGGAGCUGCAUGAAGAACUUGCGGUUGUAGAAACCCACGCAGUUGUUGAUCCAUGGGCAGUGGUGGUCCAUGUUCAACACACUGAAUGAAUGAGAUGAAUGAACUCACCGACAGAUAGACCAUCAAGCAAAGCAGCCACACUCCCUCCCUCCCUGUCUGUCUGUCUGUCUGUCUGUGUGUGUGUGUGGUGCCUGCGACCGCCGUACGUACCAUCUGUUGCAGAUGGAGCAGUGGUGGGUGCGGUCAGGUUUCCACACGUUGCACAUCUUGCAGUACCGCCGCCUCUUGGUCUCGUCACCCAUGUAGAACCCCCAGUUGGGCGGCACCACACCCGGAUCUGUCAUGACAGACUGAAUGAACACACACACACACACACAGAGAGAGAGAGAGAGCGCACCCAUCCAUCCAUCAGCCCGUCGGCCCAGCAAUGUGUGUGUGUGUGUGUGUGUGUGAGAGGUGUUGUGCCUGCCUGGCAGAAUGCGAGGAGCAUGAGUAGGAAGAAGCCGUGGAAGACCAAGAGGAGGGUGAUGCCCCAGGCCGUCCUGAACCAUUGAGGCAUGAUGCAAAACAUAAACACGAAAUACUCAAACACUGCACCAAUGCAAUGCAAUCAAUGCAAGGCACACACGCACACAGCAAACCCAUACACACAGAGAGAGAGAGAGGGAGAGAUCAUCAUCAUCGCCUCUGUCUGUUGCCUGUCUGUCUGUCAUUCUGGUACUACCGAUGAGUGCGACGACCAUCAUAAUGAAAUGGAUCCCGCUCUUGCGGGAGGUCGUGUUGCAUGGCCGUAACCGCUGCAUCUUCACAAACACGCCCAGCACACGGCACGGCCGAAGAGCCCGCCUCCGGGACCUGCCUCACGCCAAGACUCCUGCAGAAGGCCGAUCCUCCCCUCUAGCUGGCUGCAGGGCCCACGGCGGUGUUGCCCAGCUGCAGAAAGGGUUUUUUUUGCUCUCCUUUG